AUGAAUAUCUUUUAUUCGUUUUGUAAAGAUACCUUUACAUUUAUUUACAUGUUUUUGAUUCUUAUUAUAUGUGUAAUAUGGGCAAGAUUCUUUUUAAAAAAACUUAAAUAUUUCAAUUUCAUAAACAAAGAAAAAAUUAAGAAAAACUAUAAAUUAAUUUUAAAUAAUAAUAAUAUAAUACACAAAAAUUUAUUUAAGUUCAUUAGAUACAAUAUCAAUCAAAAAAAUUAUGAAGAUAAACUAAUUCAAAGAAAAAAUGCUUCUUUUUACUAUUUGAAAAGAGCUAUUUUUUUUUUACAUAAUUAUAAAUUUUUGCACAUAAAGAAGAAACUAAACUGCCUAUUUAUUAGAAACAACAUAACUGAUAUAAGAAAUUUAAAAUAUUUGACAUAUAAAAAAGUUAUCCAAUUUAAAAAGGAAAUGAAUGUAUGCUUGGCAGAAGCAUACAACACUUUUAGUUAUAAAAAUAAAAAAGAAUUGCUAUAUAUAUAUUUUAAAUUAUACUCAAAAAUUUUUUUUUUUUUUCAAAGUGAAAGUAUUUAUUUUUUUCAUUUCCUUACACACGUCCUUUUAGUAUCAUGGGUUUACACACCUUUAAACCCUUCAUUAUAUUAA